AUGACAUCCCCUGAAGCCUUCCACGGCUGGCUAGGUCACGCUCCCGAUUCGGCGCAGGGCAAACUAAAAUGGGAGUCCUUUACCCCAAAACCCUUCGCUCCAACCGACAUCGACAUCAAAGUCUCUCACUGCGGCAUCUGCGGCACUGACAUUCACACGCUCCGCUCCGGUUGGGGCCCUACGCACUACCCCGUCUGCGUAGGUCACGAAAUCGUCGGUCACGUCGUCAGGAUCGGUUCAUCUGUGACUCGUAUAUCUAUUGGUGAACGCAUCGGCGUCGGAGCACAAGCGGGAUCUUGUCUGAAGGAUGAUUGCGAGGAGUGCAGCUCGGGGAUGGAGAACCAUUGUGCCAAGGGCUUCGUUGGGACAUACAAUGGCCGGUAUCCAGACGGGAAUUGGAGUUUCGGUGGCUAUGCGGAUUACGUGCGAGUUCCUUCCCAUUUCGCAGUCAAGAUUCCUGGAUCAAUCCCCUCGGCAGAUGCAGCGCCUAUGUUGUGCGGCGGGAUAACCGUGUACGCACCGCUGAAGAAAAAUGGAGCUGGGCCUGGGAAGCGAGUUGGUAUUGUGGGGGUGGGCGGAUUGGGCCAUUUCGGAGUCCUCUUCGCGAAAGCGUUGGGUUGUGAUAAAGUCGUCGCGAUAUCUCGUUCCCGCAGCAAGGAAAAAGAUAGCAUCUCCAUGGGCGCAGAUACCUACAUCGCAACCUCUGAAGACAAGAACUGGGCGAAAAUACAUCAGCGUAGUCUCGACCUCAUAGUUUCCACCGUAUCUUCCCCAGACAUGCCGCUAUCAGGCUAUCUCCGCUUACUACGCACUAACGGACAAUUUAUCCAAGUCGGUGCUCCGGAGGAUAAGCUUCCUGCCUUCUCGGCUGGGGCGUUGAUAGGAAAGGGGUGCAAGAUCGGAGGGAGUCAGAUUGGGAGUCCGAGGGAGAUCGAAGAGAUGUUGAGGUUUGCAGCGGACAAGAAGGUUAAGCCCUGGGUCCAGCAGAGGAGGAUGGGGGAUGUGAAUCAGGCGGUUGUGGACAUGGAGGCUGGGAAGGCGAGGUAUAGGUAUGUGCUUGUGAAUGAUGAUUUUGAGGAUCAUGCGAAGCUGUAG